GGAGAAACUGAAAGAGAUCUCAAACUGAAAAAAGGGUUCAGUUGCCUUAGGUCGAUCGAACAGAGAGGGGAAACAAGCCAUGGAGACUUCGCCGCCCACCAUCACCGUUCACGUGAAGUUCGCCGGCCGAACCAUCCCGGUGGAGGUCCCGGCGUCUGCCUCCACCGCGGAGCUGAAGCUGCUCCUCCAGCCGCUCACCAACGUCCUUCCCCGCGGCCAGAAGCUCAUCUGCAAAGGGAAAGUUCUAGCAGAUGCCGCGAGCCUGAGCUCGAUGCAGGUGGGGAACGGAUCCAAGGUCAUGCUCGUCGCUUCUCAGGGCCUUCAUCAGGGGGAUGGCCCCAUCACUAAGACUAGCAAUGGUCCUGCACCAAGUGCAAAAAGAACAUCUAAUGUUAAGGAAAACGAAGCACAAAAACCGGAGAUUAUCAUCAAAAGCCGACAGGAGCGUUGGAAAAUAACUGGUGUUAUUGCAUUGUCUGAUUCCAGUUUGAAGGCAGUGCCUGAAGAAGUAUGGGAUUGUGGCUCCUCCAUACGAGUGCUAGAUGCUUGUAACAACUCUAUUGAAGCAAUUCCAGAGAAAAUUGUUGCUCUUAAUUCAUUAAAUAAAUUGCUGCUAACUGCCAAUGAUAUAUCUGAUGGGGGCAUCUGCUGGGAAGGUCUAUCAUGUGUUCAAACAUUAACUGUUUUAUCUUUAAGCCAAAAUCGGCUGGUUACUUUACCUCCGAGUUUGGGCUCACUGACGUUUCUACGCGAACUUCGGAUUGCAAAUAACAUGCUCGGUAACCUGCCUGUUGAAAUAGGUUUGCUGAAGCAGCUAGAGAUUCUGAUAGCAAAUAAUAAUAGGCUAACUACGCUGCCAUCAUCUAUAGGAGAUUGUGAAUCUCUCCUUGAGGUUGAGUUAUCAUCCAAUCUUUUAGCUGAACUACCAGAGGCUUUUGGAAAUCUUCAAAAUCUCAAGACUUUGCAUCUAAGGAACAAUGGUCUUAGUUCUCUGCCAUCAACUUUAUUCAAGAAGUGCUGGCGGCUUACUACACUUGAUCUUCAUGGCACGGGAAUCACAAAUGAUAUUCUCCGACAGGUGGAGGGCUGGGAGGAGUUUGAUGAACGUAGGCGACAGAAGCAUCAAAAGCAGCUUGAUUUCCGUGUUGGAUCAUCGGGCUUUUUCGAUGAAGGCGCCGAUGAUGAUAACAGGCGUGCAUAAAUGUCUCGUUCUAUGGGCAGGUUUUGUGCUUCUGGAAUUGUCCCAGGAUAAUAUUACAACUGGAAUGCACGUACCACACUUGAUUGUACGAUUUACCUGAUGCAGGUUGCUUUGUGCAUGGACGGUUGGAUGUGAACUGUCGUACCAUGAUCGUACGAAAAAGUUUGUACGCAUAGCAGUGCUCUUUUACAACAUUCUGGAUGCAUAUUUGUGUCCUCUUCUCUCCUUUAUUACUUUUAUAAGACCAAGAGAUGGAAAAGGCUUCUAUUAUUAAUCAUUA